ACCAUCAGCCCACCAUCCAGCCCACCCCCUCCCCCAUAAGCCCUCCAUCUCUUAAACCUUUUGGUGACCCUCAUAUGCCCAUACAGGUGUUCCGAUCACCACCACCUGACCUCUGACCUUCAUUGUCUACCUGGUGUGUUAAUUAACCUGAGAUGUGAUUGAUUUAACAGGAUAUUGAAAUGAAAGGAUUACAGAGAAUGGAAAACUGAAGGUGAUGUACAGUGAAGGAUAAUGAGGAAGAGGAGAAGGUGAUAGUGAUGAUAAUGAGAGUGAGGUGAUAGUGAUAGUGAUAGUGUGUGGUAGUGGUGUUGGUGGCGUGAGUGGUUAUUGGUGGUAGUGUGGGAGCGCUCAUGGUCAAGGACAAACGCAAAUGCUCCCACACACACUCACACACACGCUGUCGGUCGCACGUACAAACACACACAGCAAGGACCUUAAGAAUGAACUGCACUGCACCUCUACAGCGCCUGCAGGAGGACCCACUGCUGCAGAAAUGGAUGAGUUCCACCCGUUCAUUGAGGCUCUGUUGCCACAUGUCAAGUCCUUCGCCUACACCUGGUUCAACUUACAAGCAGCCAAACGUAAAUACUUCAAGAAACAUGAGAAAAGGAUGUCACUCGAGGAGGAGAGGAGGUGUAAGGAUGAACUACAGAGCAGGAAAGACGAGGUGAAACAGAAAUGGGCUUCCCGUCUCUUGGGUAAAUUAAGAAAAGACAUCACCAAGUGUAGGGAAGACUUCGUUCUGUCUGCAUCUCACCGGGAAGAAGCCAAUACAUGUGUUCUGUCUAAUCCGGACCAGAAGGGGCAAGAUGGGGCUGGAUUGACUGUCUAAAAGCAAGCUGAUAAGGUGUGGCGGCUGGACCUGGUGAUGGUGAUUCUAUUUAAAAGUAUCCCUCUGGAGUCAACAGACGGCGAGAGGCUAGAGAAAUCGCCCGACUGCCUCCAUCCAGCGCUGUGUGUCAACCCUUACCAUAUUAACGUUUCCGUCCGUGAACUAGACCUCUACCUGUCCAACUUUAUUACGAUGAACGUGAUUGCGAUGGAUUGUAUCGGUUCCGGCGGCAGUACCCGUCUAAAGCCACGAUUCUCAGAGCUUCGUACGCUGAAUAUUUUACCCCGUAAACUGGAGAUGUGA